UUCUUGGGGAAAUGUGUGAAGUUUAUGAAUGAGCUUUAAGAGCUGAUGGGCGACCUUUAGGAGGUUUGUUUGGACCUUGAGGAGUUUCCAGGGAUCAUGGUGGAGGGCUUCAUGAAGGAGGAGGUUCAUUUGUGGGACGAUCGAUCGGAGAGAGAGCUGAUGUGAGCAGUCUCUCCUCCAGCUUCACUUCGGACUGAAGAGCAGCAGAGCAAACAUGACAAUACAGACGACAGGCAACCAGCACUGAUUUAUUAAUAUUUCUGAGGAUGAUGGCGGUUCAGGCGCUGGUGCUGCUGAUCUUCGGGGUCGUGCAGGUGAACGGAGCGCGAGUGGUGAGCGGUCAGACGGUGUGUUUGGGGGGUCCAGAGCGUACCUGCUAUAAAAUAGCAUAUUUCCACGACGUGUCGAGUCGCGUUGCCUUCAGGGAGGCGUGUCAGGCCUGUGAGAUGGACGGAGGGUCGCUGCUCAGCAUUGAGAGCCAGGCGGAGCAGAGAGACAUCGAAAAUCUGCUGCAGGAGCUGCGUUCGGGAGCAGCAGGAGGUGCAGGAGGCAGAGGAGGCAUAGCGGACGGUGAUUUCUGGAUCGGUCUGACUCGGGCAGAUGGAGUUGAUCAGACUCAUCCUGACCUCAGCAACACAUUCACUUCCUGUCCAGAACUGUACCACUGGACCGACGGCAGCGUGGCCUCCUUCAGGAACUGGUAUUUUGAUGAGCCGUCCUGUGGAGGAGAGGCCUGCGUUGUCAUGUACCAUCAACCAACUGCACUUCCUGGUCUGGGCGGGGCUUAUCUCUACCAAUGGAACGACGACCGCUGCAACAUGAAGCAUAACUUCAUCUGCAAAUAUGAACCAGAGAGCCAUCUUGUGAAGGAACACAGUGACUCACCUGGAGGGCGGGGCACAGAGGAGACAGCAGGUGGAGGUGUCGUCAAACAACCUGCAGGCAGUGAGGAGGUUCCCCCUCAGGUCUCCAUGGCUGGAGGCAUGUUACUGGUGUACGUGAUCAUCCCCACCAUCCCCCUGCUGCUGCUCAUCCUGGUGGCUUCUGGGACAUGUUGUGUUCAGAUGCUCAGUCGAAGUGCUCCCCGCACCAAGACCACAGCCAACCAAUCAAACCUGUGGAUCUCCAGGACGCCCAAACCAGACACCACGGAGGCCUGACCCCGCCCACUGACAUCACAGCAGUGUCCAACCAAUCAUCUUCUUCAGGACAGGAGUGGGUGGAGCUUUGAGUUCUCAGAGUUGAUGUCAUCACAGAGGCUUUUAUUUUUUUAUUGGUCUGAUUCAGCUCCUGUCAUUUCCUGUCCGGUUACUGCACUACUUUGAUUACUGAGUAUUUCUACUCCAUUACUGCACAUGUACAUUCAUUUACUGUACAGACAGUUUAUACACCUCCUUCCUUCUUUACCUUCCUUCUUUCCUUCCCUAGCUCCCUCCAUCCACUCCUUCAUUUUUUUCACUUUCCCUUCCCCUCUUCUCUCACCUCCUCUCUUAUGUCCUUUGUUCCCUUCUGUACCUCCUCCUUUCCUUCCCUGCCUCCUUCCAUUAUGUCUGUCUUUGAUGUUUAAUUAAACAUGUUAAUGAAGCAGGAGGGAUCAGCUGAGCGAUCGCCUCAGCGGACGUGUUGAUUUCAGACUGACGCCUGCAGGGUCGAUAAUAAUUAAAUUGUUAAUUUUUAAAGAAAGAUCAGAGAAAAAAGAGGAGGCUGAUUUAUUAAAAGUCAUUCAUGUGUGAGUCUGUCUGCUGCAUGAUCACGAUAAUAAAAAAAUCUCUUCAAAAAUC